AUUGAGUUCAAACUCGGUCCAAAACCGAAGACGAGCUUAACUCAAGCCGUAUGCCGUACUCCUAGUCGUCCUAAAACGACACGCCAUGUGCAACGAAACGGGCCUUGCCGAAUGUCGGUUUUGACACUCCCAGUCCCCCCCCCCUAACGCACGGACCACUUCAUUUCCAGUCCAUACCCAGCAUGCAUCUCUGCAACAAAAACUAGAUAGCACUGAUGAGAUUUUAAUCCACCGGUGUGAGCUUGGUGGCCAAGUAUGGUGUUCCGAGGCGAUUCUCUAAAAUGGGUUGUAGUCGCCUUGACGAUUCUGCACCCGGUUGACCCGCUCUCUGCCAACUGCCAUUUCAGUUUUGUUGGCGAUUACAAGCUCUACGACUUCAGUUUGGAUACUCCCAUACCCUUGUAUCCUCACGGAGUUCAAAGCGAAGAUGGGUUCUACAAGGUCGUAGGAAAUAAGACUGUGAUCUGGUUUCAGCUUUGCGAUGGAAUGAUUUUCAAUCACGACCCACCUAGAUGUGUUGAUUGCUCGGAUUGUGGUGGCCCAUCACACUGUGGCAUGGGUUGUAGUGCUCUUGUAGCAAAAAACACAGGAGGUUACGAUGUUUGCACUAACAUUGGGCGUGCCUCGAGCAUGGACAUUAACAUAAUUGAUAAGAACAAUCCUCACAUUGGUGUCAUUGUUAAGAUGUCAAGUAAUGGCCUAAAUGAAAAUUGUUCACUCUCUGUGUCUGUAAUUUGUGAUCCUUAUGGAUUUCAGGGACCAUAUUCGUUGGAGAAAACAGGGACAUGUAACUAUGGUACAGUGCUGAAGCAUCCUUCUGGCUGUGCCAAGAUUGUACAUGUUAGUGGCAAAGGAUGGGGCUGGUUUGCCACCUUUCUAAUAAUAGUCUUGUGCAUUUUUGGAGUGUAUCUGUUGGCUGGUGCAGUUUAUCGAUAUUGUAGUCUUGGAGUUAGUGGAAUAGAUAUUAUACCAAAUCUGGACUUUUGGACUGGCUUACCUCAGCAAGCACAAAGUGUGUCUGCUUCUUUAUUGCACAAAUUUAGGGGAUCUUCUCAAGGUUAUCGAAGCUCCUAUUCUCCUGUCAACUUCUGAGCGAGCAUAAAGAUUGUUGUUCUAGGUUAAGCUAGUGAAGUUCAUUUUAUCUGUACUUCGACAUCAACAUCAGCGAACAAGAGAAAAUUGUUAUGCACACAACGGCCUAGUCAAAGCUACCACAUAAGCUUUACAGCACCAUAAUGUAAAAGGUGCUCUUGCCAUCUCACCUAAGUGUUCUGCUUUCUCUUUUUUCUUUUUUCUCCUGAAGGAGAGACCUCAUCAAUGGGGUGGAAUAGGUGCUCAUUUUCAAUGUAUUGUUUACACACAGAUUUUGAUAUCAUAGAUGAAAUUGAGUAAUGAAAACUUUAAGAUUUUGAGAAUCA